AGAGAAGAGCUCCAAAAAACGGACACUCCCGUAACCAUGCGGAGUUAAGAGAUUCGAGAUAUCACAAAGUACCCGCUCUGCUGGCUAAGUAGUACAUCAUCAUCAUCAUCAUCAGCAUCUCAGCUCUCUGGCGGUAAAGCCUUGAUUGAGAAUAAUGAAUUAGGGUUUCGGUGCCCGAAAAGGGGGGCGAGCCAAGCCUUUUUAUAACCCCGAACGUAAAUACCUCCGAACCGGGUGAUAUGGCCUCUUUUGAGCGCUCUUUGUGUCUAUCGAGGAGCGGAUUUUGGUAUUUGCUAGUCGAGGAAACUAGCCUGGUAGUCGGUCUUCACAGCAGAAUCUACUUCCUGUGCAUGGAACAUAUAUUCUUUUCGAAGUCAUAAAAGCACGCCAGAGUGCGUGCUUCCACCCAAUUGAUAACUACAGGUGUGCAAUCACCUGCUUAGCUACCAUGCGACAAAGAAGAUGACUUAACUCCAAUUGGGCUUGAAAUCCGUGGGAAUAGUUAAUAAUAUCACAGGCAGACGGCAAGACGAGAAGCGCUAGAACAUUGAACACAUUGCACAUUGGCGUCAAACUGAGGCAGCAAUAUGUCAAUUCAUCGAGCAUUAACUUAGCCUUGGCACAUCGCGCCCGCGAAACACUUUCUAUUCUAACCUUAGGAAGAGGAGCAUUCUGGGGAUGUUUCAUGAUAUCUGGUGAAGAUACGUUUUUAUAUCAUUCAACUAUGCUGCAUGUGCAGUUCAACUUUAGAGAAAUAAUAGUUAGAGUUCUUCCACCACUUUUAAUUAAUUCCAAGGGCCUCUGACGAAAACAUGGCUACUUCACAUUCAACAAGUCAAGCAUACAGUCACACAAUCCGUGAGAAGGCAGUCUUUUAUUCUCUUAUUCCGAUCUUCAGUAAUUGUUACUCUGUCUACACGAGCGACAAUUUGUUCCGCUAUAAUCACUAUAUGGGUAGAUACACACAAUGCUAACUAGAAAUUCUAGCAAUUCGGCUUCUCAUCGCGUUCACACCCCAAACAAGCAAAUCCCUCCACUGGCGCCAGAAAUUAGCACUCACCUCUCUACAAGUGCAAAGGGCUACAUAUUCUACAAAAGAGCUCCUCAGUAACCUUUGAAAGAGCCCAACCGGGACGGCAAUUGAGGGCUACUGCACCACACGCGGAAUCCCGCAUAAAGCAAUCAUCGUGAACCGUAUUUCUACUCACGCCACCGCCAACCUUGCACUUUGUCACCCCCAUAUCAGCCACCGCAGAUGGCCCAACGCUGCUGUAUUUCCAUGGAGGGAGAUAUGUCAACCCUCUGAGAGCCGCUGGUCAUAUGCCCUAUACCCUCGGUGCGGUACAGCCUGCAAGGCCAAAGAAAUAGUCUUCCUCGAGUACGCUCUAGCGCCGGAAUAUCAAUACCCAGUUCAACUCAUCCAAGCCGUGGCUGCCCUUCGUUACCUUCUAAACGAUCUGUCAUUGAGAGUUGAUGAUAUUAUAAUCGCUGGCGACAGCGCGGGUGACAAUUUGGCAGGGUCUCUACUAGUGCAUAUCGCCAAAGCAUCACUCACCGUACACAGCACCGCUGGAUAUUGGUGGUGGGCAGCUUAGAGCCGUGCUAUUUGUAAGUCCCUGACAGAAUGAUGACGGUUGAUCAAGAAAGUUAUGAGACGAAUGAUGGGAAGGAUUACAUUGAUGGGCCCAUAGCCCUCCGGUUUAAGGGGGCGUGGAAUCCCACUAGGGGAGAUGCAUGGGCAGACCUAUGCGAAGGGGAAGGCACUGAUGAAGUUUGGCGUCAAGUGUUUCCGGCAUCAGGGGGCCCGCCGGGUCUAGUCAAGAAGGCGAUGGUUACAGCAGGGACGGCCGAAGUUCUUCUGGACAGUUGUCGGAGGUUCGCCAGGGAUUGUGUGAAAGCAGAGACUGUUGUUGCUGGCCGCGGAUCCGAUUGGAGUGCCUUUGACAGGAAGACCUUUGUUUAUGCGGAGUGUGAGGGCGAGAUCCAUGUUCAACCUGCUCUAGAUUGCGGUCGGGUAUAAUAAUGGACCCAUAAUUCAAGCGAUCCUCAGGUGGUUGGAGAGCGUAUAGUGGUGUCACAGGGCAUCCCAAUGGUCAGAAUGCCAGUUCUAUGAAGACGGAAUUCUGUAGCGCUGGUCAGGAAAUGAGGCGAUAUGAUUCAAAACAGUCUUGAAAUGGAACUUUGAAUAAUGUUUGAACCCACCCACCACAUAUGUCACUCUUUUCAAGUUGCAUUGAAUCUAUUACUAGUGCACGAAGUUUCAAAAUGUAAGUGCAAAGCAUUGCGAUCACAUUAGGAGAACUCGUAAUUAGUAUAUACAUACUUCCAGAUCAUACAUAUCAAAUAGAAAUAUAAGAGUAA